CACCAACGCCAAAUUUCAAAGGCGGCUCUAUCCAAUUUCUUUUCUAUACAAAGUCUCUUAUAAUAAAAAAAUCCCAAAUGGUAUUUUACUCUGUAAAAAAGAUGCAAUUUUGUCAUUUUAGAACUGAACAUUAUUCAUCUUCUCUUCCUUGAAACUCAUUGGUUGCUUUCCUAUUCUUCGUCAACCAUUUUUCCAGGCUCAACCCACAAAAUUUCAGUAACCAUUCGAUUGAAUUGAAGACAAUCAACCUGCAAAUUUCCUCUGGGUAUCAAAUCGAUGUUGCGGGCAACUCGUGUAUAACAAUCAAAGAGAAAUUUAUAUCAUAUAGUGAAUGUGGGGAAGUGGGGAUUUGGUUCUGGUGGAGGAAGUCCUUGCGUGCAUACAUAUUCUAUAACUCUAUGCGGUGGAUACCUAGUUGGGGUCCUUUGUCCAAUUAGUAUUUCACUGUUCUUCAUGUACUUCAAUUCUCUGGCCAUUGUUGCGGUCAUCAAUAGGAUUUUUCAGCAACAAUGUAUAGCAAUUUCAAGGAGCAGGCAAUAGAGUAUGUUAGGCAGGCGGUUCAGGAAGAUAAUGCUGGGAAUUAUGCCAAGGCCUUUCCUCUUUACAUGAAUGCACUUGAAUACUUCAAGACCCAUCUGAAAUACGAGAAGAAUCCGAAAAUCAAGGAGGCUAUUACACAGAAAUUUACAGAAUAUUUGCGAAGAGCAGAGGAGAUCAGGGCUGUCUUAGAUGAUGGGAGCAAUUCGAGGCCUGCUGCAAAUGGUGAUGCAGCUGUUGCUACUAAAGCUAAAAGCAAGCCUGGAAACAAGGAUGGAGAUGGAGAUGGAGAGGACCCUGAGCAAGCAAAGUUGCGUGCAGGGCUCAAUUCUGCAAUUAUCCGAGAGAAGCCAAAUGUGAAAUGGAAUGAUGUGGCAGGUCUUGAAAGUGCGAAACAGGCAUUGCAAGAGGCAGUUAUUCUUCCUGUGAAGUUUCCACAGUUUUUCACAGGGAAGCGGAAACCCUGGAAAGCUUUUCUUCUAUAUGGACCUCCUGGAACUGGAAAGUCUUACCUGGCAAAGGCUGUUGCAACUGAAGCAGAGUCAACAUUUUUCAGCAUUUCUUCAUCGGACCUUGUUUCAAAAUGGAUGGGUGAAAGUGAGAAACUUGUUUCAAAUCUGUUCCAAAUGGCUCGGGAUUCCGCCCCUUCUAUUAUAUUCAUUGAUGAAAUAGAUUCCUUGUGUGGGCAACGUGGAGAAGGAAAUGAAAGUGAGGCUUCUCGACGAAUAAAAACUGAACUUCUGGUUCAGAUGCAGGGUGUAGGUAAUAAUGACCACAAAGUGCUUGUUCUGGCUGCGACCAAUACUCCGUAUGCAUUGGACCAGGCAAUCAGACGGCGAUUUGACAAACGGAUCUACAUCCCUCUACCAGAUCUCAAGGCAAGGCAGCAUAUGUUCAAGGUCCAUUUAGGUGAUACACCUAACAACCUUAGUGAAAAAGAUUUUGAGGAUCUUGCUCGUAGAACAGAGGGAUUCUCUGGUUCUGAUAUAUCAGUCUGUGUAAAAGAUGUUCUAUUUGAACCCGUUCGGAAAACUCAAGAUGCCAUGUUCUUCAGGAAGAUUUCAACAGAGGAUGGAGAAAUGUGGAUGCCAUGUGGUCCCAGGCAAGCUGGUGCCGUGCAGACUACUAUGCAGGACCUUGCAGCAGAAGGACUAGCUGCAAAGAUACUACCACCGCCAAUCUCAAAAGUAGAUUUUGAUAAAGUUCUUGCAAGGCAAAAGCCAACUGUUAGCAAGGAGAACCUGGAAGUGCACGAGAGAUUUACUAAGGAAUUUGGUGAAGAGGGCUGACAAGUUCCAAUCAAAGCAGUCUAUUAACUGAAUCUGUAAUUUUAUGAAAACUAAAUCAUCAGCUUUUAAUUAACAUGGCAAGCUCUAUUAUUGCUAAUAAUAGUGUCAUUGAUUGCUAGCCCCAAUCUCGUGUUUUUGGUUCACUGUAUUUCUUGUGAUUGUAUAGGAGUGUUUUCUUUUUUAGUUUGACUCGUCUCAAAUUUUGAAAUUUGUGGCCUGAUAUUCUAGGACUUGAGUUCUGCAAUUAUAAUUCAGUUGUGAAUUGGUUAUCCAUUUA